UGUACCAUCGACUCAUCGACGUUCCCUUUUGCAGCCGUCGGCACUCUGAGGAAAGCACAGUUUGUUUUUCCUUCAAGAGAGUGAGCUUGUGUGUUUGAGACAAUGGCGUCGAGGACCCUUUCGCAGAAGGAGCAGGACAUACAGAUGAUGCUUGCUGCUGAUGUCCACCUCGGUACCAAGAACUGCGACUUCCAGAUGGAGCGCUACGUCUACAAGCGGAGAACUGAUGGUAUCUACAUCAUCAACCUUGGAAAGACAUGGGAGAAACUUCAAUUAGCAGCCAGGGUCAUUGUAGCUAUUGAGAAUCCUCAGGACAUUAUUGUCCAAUCCGCAAGGCCGUAUGGCCAGAGAGCUGUUCUCAAGUUUGCACAAUACACAGGUGCGCACCCUAUUGCAGGGAGGCAUACGCCUGGAACCUUCACGAAUCAGCUGCAAACUUCAUUUAGCGAACCACGCCUUCUAAUCCUAACUGAUCCUAGAACCGACCACCAGCCUAUCAAGGAAUCUGCUCUUGGCAACAUUCCAACAAUUGCCUUCUGUGACACUGACUCUCCAAUGCGAUAUGUGGAUAUUGGGAUCCCAGCUAACAAUAAGGGAAAACUCAGUAUUGGCUGUCUUUAUUGGUUGCUGGCUAGGAUGGUUCUGCAGAUGCGCAGUACUAUUCCUCCUGGCCGGAAAUGGGAAGUAAUGGUUGAUUUGUUUUUCUACAGAGAUCCUGAGGAAGCUAAGGAACAAGAAGAAGAGGAAGCUCCAGUUGCUCCUGAUUUUGGUGCAGUUCCUGAUUAUGGUGCCAUGGUACCCAAUGAAAAAUGGAUUAGUGAACCGUGGGUACCCGAGGCAGGAGCUGCACCUGUCGCCGAGCCUCCAAUUCCCGGUGUCGAGUGGACUGCUGCUCAAGCCCCUGUAGCUUCUGAUGGAUGGGAUGUCGCUGCUCCUCCUCCUCCUCUGGAGGGUGCUGUUGCCGCUGCUCCUGUUCCUUCCGGUUGGGAGGCGGCUCCUCCUGUCGCUCCCCAAGGCUGGGAGUAACCGAGCUGAAACGCCAGUGCCUCAUUGAUUUCACUGCAAGAGUUUGAAUUUUGUUUAGUUGGUACAUUUUGUUUGGACUUGAAAGCCUCAAGACAAUUUGGCCAUGUUCUAGUCUUUUGUUUCAUUUUCCUUUUUAUCUUUGCAACAGAUCUUAUGCAUUUCAUUAUUUAAUCAAUUCAGAAUUGUUCUCGAGAAGUUUAUAUUAA